UUCGAGCAGAGCGCACGCGUUGUCGGUUAAACGAAUCGAAACGAAGUGAAACGAAGUAAUGAAUGAGACGAGUGCUCGCAAGUUGUACGAAAUAGAGAAAAAAUAUUUAUCAAAGUCGAAAUAAAAAAAAGUAUCACAGUCGCAAUCGCACCCCCCACUUGGAUUACGGUCAGCGCGAAUGAGCCAACAAACAAACAAGAAAAUCAAAUUAAAAAUACCAACAAAUCGAAUGAGUGCGAAAGAGGAAAUCUAAAGAAAAAUAGCAUAUAAAAAAAGUUUAUAGCCACUACCAUUAUAUGGUGUAGAUGGUGUGUGUGGUGUUCUGUGUGUUUUAUUAUUACUACACGCUCUCGUGGAUUGUGCAAACAACAAUUCGAUAAAAGAUAUUCCAAAAUAUCCCACAAAAAUGGCCUGCAAAUAACCCCGCGACAACAACAACAAAAUUGCAACAAAAUCCACAUAGUAUCCCCAUCCUCUCCAGUCAAAAACCGGAGACAAUAACCAUACAAAAUGCUGGCCAGCCACAUGCUCUACGUCCUCAUUGCCAGCUGUGUCAUGCCCAUCUUUGGGGCGGCACUGAGCAAGACGGUGUUGUACCAGGCACCCGACGAAUGCCGCUGGAGCGGCGGCGGGGAGCACGACAUCACACUGGUCUGUCAUCUGCGCACCAUCAACUCGGAGCUGGAGAACACCAACUUCAGUGUGAUCCAACCGCACAACACGGUGCGAUUACGCCUCGAGUGCAGCGAUGCUCUGUUCUUCCAGAGCAGUCUCAGUCCCGAUAGCUUUCGAUCGCUGGUCGAGCUACGUGACCUGACCAUCGAGUACUGCAAGUUGGGCAAUCUCACAGAUGGUUCAUUUCGUGGACUGCACGAACUGCGCAAUCUAACGAUACGCACUCACAAUGGCGACUGGUCAACGAUGUCGCUGGAGAUGGCAUCGAAUAGUUUUGUCGAGUUUCGGCAACUGGAACGUCUCGACUUGAGUCUGAAUAACAUUUGGCUAAUACCCGAUGGCAUGGUGUGUCCGUUAAAGUCGCUGCAACAUCUAAAUGCAUCGUACAAUAAAAUCCAAGACAUAAGCAACUUUUACUUUGGCGCCUCGUUGAGUUCGAGGAAGUCGCGCGUUUGCGGCUCGACGCUGCAAUCGCUGGACUUGAGUGCCAACAAAAUGAUCAGUCUGCCGUCGGCCAUGUUAUCGGCGCUGGUGCGUCUGACCCACUUGAAUAUGGCACGCAAUAGCAUGAGCUUUCUGGCCGAUCGAGCGUUCGAGGGUCUCAUAUCGCUGCGUGUCGUCGAUCUUUCAGCCAAUCGUCUGACCUCGCUGCCCCCCGAACUCUUUGCCGAAACUAAGCAGCUGCAGGAGAUUUAUCUGAAAAACAAUUCCAUUAACGUUUUGGCGCCUGGCAUCUUCAGUGAACUCGCCGAGUUGCUGGUGCUUGAUCUGGCCAACAACGAGCUCAACUCACAGUGGAUCAAUGUGGAGACAUUUGUGGGUCUGAAGCAGCUGGUCAAACUCGAUUUGUCGGCCAAUAAAAUCAGUCGCCUGGAAGCGCACAUCUUUCGCCCCCUGGCCAGUCUACAGAUCUUGAAGCUAGAAGAGAACUACAUUGAUCAGCUGCCCGCUGGCAUCUUUGCCGAUCUCAGCAAUCUGCACACACUCAUUCUGUCCAACAAUCGCAUCUCGGUGAUUGAGCAGCGCACUCUACAAGGACUGCACAAUCUGCAGGUGUUGUCACUGGACUACAAUCGACUGGCCAAACUGGAUGCACGAUCACUGAUCAAUUGCACACAGCUGCAGGAUCUCCAUCUCAAUGACAACAAAUUGCAAGCGGUGCCUGAGGCUUUGUUGCAUGUGCCACUGCUCAAGACUUUGGAUGUGGGCGAGAAUAUGAUCAGUCAGAUUGAGAAUACGAGUGUGACACAACUGGAGAAUCUCUACGGACUCCGCAUGACGGAGAAUUCGCUAACACACAUACGCCGUGGUGUCUUCGAUCGCAUGCGUGCACUGCAGAUACUUAAUUUAUCCGGCAACAAACUGAAAUCAAUUGAAGCAGGAGCUUUAUUGAAGAACACUCAACUGCAGGCCAUACGCUUGGAUGGCAAUCAGCUGAAGAGCAUUGCGGGUUUGUUUACAGAACUGAACAACCUUGUCUGGCUGAAUAUAUCGGGUAAUCGGUUGGAGAAAUUCGAUUACUCGCACAUACCCUACGGACUGCAGUGGCUGGAUGUGCGUGCCAAUCGCAUCACCCAGCUGGGCAACUACUUUGAGUACGACAAUGAGCUGAGCCUGACCACCUUCGAUGCCAGCUACAAUUUGCUGUCGGAGAUCACCGCCAACUCGAUACCGAACAGCGUCGAGGUGCUGUAUCUGAAUGACAAUCAGAUUAGCAAAAUCCAACCGUAUACGUUCUUCAAGAAGCCCAAUCUCACACGUGUCGAUCUCAUACGCAACAAGCUGACCACGUUGGAACCGAAUGCACUCAGGCUAUCCCCGAUCGCCGAGGAUCGCGAGAUACCCGAGUUCUAUAUUGGACACAAUGCGUACCAAUGCGAUUGCAAUCUCGAUUGGCUGCAGAAGAUCAAUCGCGAGUCACGCACACAGCCGCAGCUCAUGGAUCUCGAUCAGAUCUAUUGCAAAUUAUCGUAUGCACGCGGCGCCACGCAUGUCUCGCUCAUUGAGGCCAAGUCCAAUGAUUUUCUCUGCAAAUACGAAUCGCAUUGCUUUGCGCUGUGCCACUGCUGCGAUUUUCAGGCCUGCGACUGCAAAAUGGAAUGUCCCGAUCGUUGUUCCUGCUAUCACGAUCAGUCCUGGACCUCCAAUGUUGUCGAUUGCAGUCGUGCCAGCUACGAACGCACGCUGCCCUCCCACAUACCCAUGGAUGCCACACAAUUGUAUCUGGAUGGCAACACAUUCACCGAGCUGCAGAGUCAUGCGUUCAUCGGUCGUAAGCGCCUCAAGGUGUUGCAUUUGAAUCAUUCACGCAUCGAGACGCUGCACAAUCGCACCUUCUAUGGGUUACUCGAGUUGGAGGUACUGCAAUUGCAGAACAAUCUGUUGCGUCAACUCAAUGGCAAUGAGUUUCAGGGUUUGGACAAUCUGCAAGAACUCUAUCUGCAGCAUAAUGCCAUUGCCAGCAUUGAUACACUCACCUUUACCCAUCUGUAUCAUCUGAAGAUACUGCGACUCGAUCACAAUGCCAUUACCUCAUUCGCCGUGUGGAACUUUUUGCCCAGCUACCUCAACGAGCUGCGUCUCGCUGGCAAUCCUUGGAGCUGUCGCUGCGAGUUCAUUGACAAGCUGCGCGAUUACAUGGGACGUCAUGAGUAUGUGCAAGAUCGUCAAAAGCUGCGUUGCCAGCUACCCGGGAAUGGCACCCAAGAGCAGCCUCUGCAAAUGGCUAUCUAUGCGGCAUCCGCCGGUGCUGAUUCCCUGUCUGUGGUGCAGUGCAGCCAAACAAUGCAGCUGGGACUCGACAACAGCUUCAACUAUGCGGAACGUGCUGGUGAAGCAGGAGAUGCCAUCGGUGGCAACAUGACCUCCACUAAGAUGAUACUCACCCAGCCACCCAAACAGGAUUAUAUCCCCAUCUUGGUGGCCAUACUCACUGCGUUUAUAUUCAUCAUGAUCUGCACGCUGUUGGUGUUCAUCUUCCGGCAGGAGAUGCGUGUCUGGUGUCACUCGCGCUUCGGUGUGCGACUCUUCUACAACGGCCAAAAAGAUGUGGAUAAGAAUGAACGUGAAAAACUGUUCGAUGCCUUCAUCUCAUAUUCCUCCAAGGACGAACUGUUUGUCAACGAGGAGCUGGCACCAAUGCUGGAGCUGGGCGAACAACGCUACAAACUGUGCCUGCAUCAGCGUGACUUCCCCGUGGGCGGUUAUCUGCCCGAAACCAUUGUCCAGGCCAUCGACAGCAGUCGUCGCACAAUCAUGGUUGUCUCCGAGAACUUCAUCAAGUCCGAGUGGUGUCGCUUCGAGUUCAAGUCGGCGCAUCAAUCGGUGUUGCGCGAUCGUCGGCGUCGCCUUAUUGUCAUUGUGCUAGGAGAGGUGCCGCAGAAGGAACUGGAUCCCGAUCUGCGUUUAUAUCUGAAGACGAACACGUAUCUGCAGUGGGGCGACAAGUUAUUCUGGCAAAAGUUGCGCUUUGCUCUGCCGGAUGUUUCCUCAUCGUCGUCGCAUGGCCAGCGUGCCCCGCAACCUUGCCACGCGCCCAUCAAUCAUCCCGCCUACCAUCAUCAUCAUCAUGUGCAUCAGCAGCAGCAGCUGCCAUUGCCAAUGCCGUUGCAUGCAGCGCCGCCGCCGACGUCGUCGUCGCAUUCGCAUCCUCCGCAUCCGCAUCAUCAGCAGCAGUUUAUGCUGCCACCGCCGCCGCUGCAGCCGGGCAGCUUUCGACGUCAGCCAUCGACGCAGCAAUCGCAUCGCGGCAACAACAACAAUCAACAGCAGCAGCAACAACAAGCAGCGCUGCUAAUGGGUGGCAGCGCAGCUGGCGUUGGCGCAGCAGCGAACGCUUCGCCGCAAAUGAUUCCGUUAGCGGGCGGCAUACAGCAGCAGAGUUUGCCGUUGCCGCCGCAGUCAGCGUCGCAGCCAACGCCGGCGUCGCGUAAUCUGCACAUGUGAGUGGGAGCAAUGGUGAAGUAAGAGGAAGAAUGAGUGAGAUCGUUUAGAGCUUUUAGGCGCAGCUUAAAAGCUUGCUAGGAGUCCUAAAGGGCAAAAAGGGAAAGAGAGAGAGAAAGAGAGUAAGUCAGAGAGUGAGAAGCAGGCUGACAGCAAGUUCAAGUGCAGUUUAAAGCUCCAUAGAAACAAAAACAAUGCAAUUAUUUUUUUACAUAUCGAAAGCAGAAGUUCGCCAUGGGAUUUAGUUCAGUUUGGUUCAUUUGAAUGCAACCAGCGACAUGGAAUCAAAGAUUCAAGCCCCGCAGCUCAGUUUUUGUUGAAUAGGAUUCAGUUUGUGUUUUAAACUCGUUAUUUUUGAACCCCACAAUUGACAUGAGGCUUACGAGCUUUGCAGAAAGCUUUCAUCCACGCUUCCCCCUAGCAAAUGCAAUGUGAGCCACAGUCACAAGUCACAGUCAAUAUGCAAAUGAAAAGCGUUUAGCGAUAAAAGCCUAGUUACAUGUUAAAAUAGCUGCAGCAAACGGCAACAACAAAAAUAAAUGCAACAGCUAAGGGGCAAACGAGUAAAAGAAAGAUGAACAACAAUAUCAGCAACAGCAGCAGCAACAACAACAACAACAGUAAACCGUAAAAUACCAAAUAGUCGUGGGCAGAGGCGGGUGGCAACUAAAGAGCGAGAGGGGAAGAGAGAGCGAGACGAGACGAGCCAAUUGUUGUUGGCCCUGUUCUGUUUUCUUACGGCCAGCUAUUUUCAGUUUCCUGGCUCGUAGCAAGAUUCAGAAAAUUGAUGUUGCAUGCAACAACCAGUUGGCAACAAAAGGGGGCAGACAGACGACGCAACGUAGCAGACGCAGCCAAGGCCCAAAACAAUUUUUUUCCUCUGCCUGUUUCUUUUUCUUUUUCUUUUUUUUGUUUUGUUUUUGUUUUUGUUGUUAUUUUCUCUACGUACCACCAUCUUUUGCUGUAGUUGUUGUCGAUUUCGUUUGUUGUUGCAACGUUCACUCGUUAGUUCAUCUUAACUGCUGCAUUUUACAGUAACAAGCGUGUGUGUGUGGGACACAGAAAAUAGGCAACAUCAGAGAGCUCAUGUCUAGGAGCAAAAACAAAACGGGCGAACGAAGAGCAGGAAAAACAAAAGAAAAAUGAAAAGAAAAUUGUAGCAACAUAGACAAAAAAAAGUGCGACAUGAGCUGAGCGUCAGGGCCAUUGCAUUGAGUCAGUCAGAGUCAGAGCCACAGCUCUAGACCGGCAACAGACAGUUACUGGGAUACGUCGCAGCUGCAACACACACACACACACACACACACAAACAGACAGUUAGUUUUUAGGAGCCAGCUACACGUGCCGAUUAGCCAGAGUUGCUCACACAGUUGUCGAAGGCGAAAAGAUCAAGCAGCAUGCAGAAAAGCAAGGCGAAAACUUUUGACAAAGGUCAGACCAGAAGAUAAACCAAAGUGAAAAGCUUGCCAGGCAGCCCAGCACUUCAACGAUCUGGCAGCACUGCACUAUUAAGUUGGCUGCGCCAUCGACAAAAUUAGUAAAUUGGCAAUGUGUGACCUUGCUGAGGCACUUUGAAAGUUUCCCCUAUGCAACAAUUUCCCAGGCUGCAUUUUGCUGAGAGUUGCGACCUCACAAACUAGAAAAUCCUCAAGUGAAAUAGAGAAAAAGAUUCGCACGUGUGCCGCUGGCCCAAACUCUCGAUUCGUGUCGUGUCUUGUACUUGGGCCAAGGCAUUCAGCAAAAUCAAACUAACAAAUGCGCUUUCACAGCUACAGCUAAAACUACACACAGACAGACAGACAGACACAACAUAGCAAUGCAGCAGAUAAAUAGAGGAAACAUGUAACAGAAUAGAACAGAACAGAACCGAACAAAGCAAAGCAAAGCAAAGAGAACUGAGCUUGAACAGUGCUACAGAUUAGUUGGAUGCGAUUAAAAUCUACCUUGUUGUUGUUUGUUACGCCUGUUUUAGUUCUUCCUCUCUCAUUCUUUCUCUAUUUGUCUCACUCACUCUUCAAGUUCAACUGAAUGCAUUCCAAAAGCAAGAAACUAGUUAACUGUUAGCCUGUGUAAAAUUGUAAAUAAAUCUUUUGAGUUAGGAUCCAAUUUAAACUCCCGCUUAAAUGUUAAAUUGUACGUUUAUUUGUUUAAUAAUUGUGAUAUUUUGUUUGAUUAAGCUUCAAUUAUAUUAUUAUUAUAUACGAGUAUGUGAAGAAUACGAACACGAACUAUUAAUUUUACGACACUUUUGCCACCAUCAUUUGUCCUAUCAACAAAUAACAGUAAUAAUAAUGUAUUUAAAUCGUAAACUCUUCUCCUCAUAAGUUAUGUUAGUCCAUAAGUUAAUUAGCUCGAAUCCCGAACUCACCCACACACAUACUCACUCACACACACAAACGAAUUUAUCCCAUCAAUAUAUACAGCCAUAUUAACUCUACAAAAUGUCACAUUUGUGGGUGUGAGUGAGAGUGUGUGUGGUGUGGUGUAAAAACGAAAUAUAGAAAAGCAUAAAUCGACUGAUUAUAUCUAGACAUGUGCAGAUACAUGUAUCUGGUAGCUAUAACUCUUCAUAUUGAUAUUCGCAAUGUGCUCGUCGUUGUAAAUAUAUAUUUUAGCUGUAUAACUAUAACUGUAUUCUUGUAUUCUGAUUUUUAUUGGUAACUUUAUGUUUUCUAGUUUAUAGCCAAAAAAAAAAACAAAAAAGUGACAAAAAUUAUAUAAAUAUAUC